UGGGUCCCCUCCCCCGCCACUAUAUAAGCCCUCGGGUCGCUUCGAGAGGCGUUCAGUCGACGAGACAACGACGAUAAACACAAUGAAGGCCGCAGCAUUGCUCCUUCUUUUCCACUUGGGUUUGACGGUAUCCCAAAGGCCUCAGAAGCCUGGAAGAUUCUUAGCACUACCAAAUCCUCAAAAAUGCGCUUCUAGGCCGAAAGAGUUCUUCUUCCAAGGACAUAAUUACUUUUUCAGCGGUCACGUGCCGCAGUUCAGGAACACAAAAGUCGACUGGCUAGACGCAAGGAACUACUGCAGAGAGUACUGCAUGGACCUCGUCUCCAUGGAGACCCAGCAAGAAAACAACCUCGUCUUCAAACUCAUCCAAGACAAUGAUGUUCCGUACAUUUGGACAUCGGGCAGACUCUGCGACUUCAAGGGCUGCGAGAACAGGAAGGACCUGGAGCCGAAGAGCGUCUACGGCUGGUUCUGGUCCGCGAACAGGCAGAAGAUGGCACCCACCGACAGGACUCCAGCCGGAUUCGGCUACAACCCCUGGUCCAGAACUGGCCACAAGAAAACCAGGCAGCCUGACAACGCGGAAUUCGACAUCAACGGAACUACCGAAUCUUGCCUCAGCGUCCUCAACAACGUCUACAACGACGGCAUCGCAUGGCACGACGUCGCCUGCUACCACGAAAAGCCCUUCAUCUGCGAGGACAACGAAGAACUCCUCAAUUACGUCGCCUCGACCAACCCGGGUCUCAGGCUGUAGAGGUCACACCCUCAAAUACAUCCUAUCAUUUAUCCUAUUAAAUUAUUGUUUAUUUAUCCUGUCUUUAAAACGCAUAUUUUUGGCGGAAAUCAAUGGUCUCUCGUAUAAAAUUAUAUUUUUCAUAGAUCAAAACCUUGAAAGUUCUCUUUUAAAUUGUGUAUAUUUUUUGUUUGUUAUGCCAUCCAGUGUCUUCACGUUUCGAUAUUCCUAAAAAUUUGUAACGAAUAACCGAAAUAUAAAGACUUUUUACUACAUAA